CGCCCAUAAAAAGGCGACGACUCUCAAGCAGUGGCAUCACUCCGCCUGACACCUCCAGGACCACUCCAGGACCACCCCAGGACCACUCCAGGACCACCCCAGGACCACUCCAGGACCACUCCAGGACCACUCCAGGACCACUCCAGGACCACUCCAGGACCACCCCAGGACACCGCCGCUUCCCCUCUGCAUCCUCUCCACGUGCCCACCAUGGCUCAGAGCAUCGUGCCCCUGGUGGUCGUGUUGCUCGCCGGCUCGCUGGCUCUCAGCAACGCGAACGGAAGCAGCAGUGGAUUUAACAACGUGUUCUGUCAGAGCAAGGCCGAUGGUCUGUACGCAGACUGCUCAGACUCCCACAGCUUCUACCACUGCUCCAAUUCCCUGACGUACCACAAGCAAUGCCCAGCCAACCUGGUGUUCAACCCGGCCAAAAACUUGUGCGACUGGUCAGUUGGAGACGAAGUCGCAGCAGCAACCACCCAGGGUCACAACCUACCGGUGGUGAACCCGAUAUUCUGUCAGAGCAAGGCCGAUGGUCUGUACGCAGACCCCUCAGACUCCCACAGCUUCUACCACUGCUCCAAUUUCCUGACGUACCACAAGCAAUGCCCAGCCAACCUGGUGUUCAACCCGGCCAUCAGCGUGUGCGACUGGCCCGGUGCAGGUGCAGGUCAAGUCGCAGCAGCGACCACCCAGGGUCACAACAUACCGGUGGUGAACCCGGUAUUCUGUCAGAGCAAGGCCGAUGGUCUGUACGCAGACCCCUCAGACUCCCACAGCUUCUACCACUGCUCCAAUUCCCAGACGUACCACAAGCAAUGCCCAUCCAACCUGGUGUUCAACCCGGCCAUCAGCGUGUGUGACUGGCCCGGUGCAGGUGCAGGUCAAGUCGCAGCAGCGACCACCCAGAGUCACAACCUACCGGUGGUGAACCCGAUAUUCUGUCAGAGCAAGGCCGAUGGUCUGUACGCAGACCCCUCAGACUCCCACAGCUUCUACCACUGCUCCAAUUCCCAGACGUACCACAAGCAAUGCCCAUCCAACCUGGUGUUCAACCCGGCCAUCAGCGUGUGUGACUGGCCCGGUGCAGGUGAAGGUGCAGGUCAAGUCGCAGCAGCGACCACCCAGGGUCACAACAUACCGGUGGUGAACCCGAUAUUCUGUCAGAGCAAGGCCGAUGGUCUGUACGCAGACCCCUCAGACUCCCACAGCUUCUACCACUGCUCCAAUUCCCAGACGUACCACAAGCAAUGCCCAUCCAACCUGGUGUUCAACCCGGCCAUCAGCGUGUGUGACUGGCCCGGUGCAGGUGAAGGUGCAGGUCAAGUCGCAGCAGCGACCACCCAGGGUCACAACAUACCGGUGGUGAACCCGGUAUUCUGUCAGAGCAAGGCCGAUGGUCUGUACGCAGACCCCUCAGACUCCCACAGCUUCUACCACUGCUCCAAUUUCCUGACGUACCACAAGCAAUGCCCAGCCAACCUGGUGUUCAACCCGGCCAUCAGCGUGUGCGACUGGCCCGUGGUGAACCCGGGAUUCUGUCAGAUCAAGGCUGAUGGUCUGUACGCAGACCCCUCAGACUCCCACAGCUUCUACCACUGCUCCAAUUUCCUGACGUACCACAAGCAAUGCCCAGCCAACCUGGUGUUCAACCCGGCCGUCAGCGUGUGCGACUGGCCCGAAAACGUCGCACAAGCGACCACCCAGGGAAUCACCGUACCACCGUUCGUGGCGAACUUCUGCGAGGCCAAGGCGGACGGCAUGUUCGCAGACUCGCAGAACAGCAACGCCUUCUACCACUGCUCCAACCACAACACCUACCACAAACUCUGCCAGCAGGGCCUGGUGUUCAACCAGGGGCUCGGAGCUUGCGUGUGGCCAAGCCAAGGAGUCUAAGUUGGAGUCACGGGACAUCCAGGCGGUGAAGGCGUCUCCUACAAUGUCACCAUCACCACCACAUCACCACCCUCAUCAUCACCAUCAAUUUACUACCAACAUAAUCACCACCACCAUCACGACCACAUCACUACCAUCACCAUAA